AAUUACUGUCUUUUAAUUACUGGCUGCCAUUUAUAGCAUCUGGUUAUCUUGUUACAGGUUUGGAUCAAGUAACUAGUCUUCGUUCAAGUUUAGAGAUUGGCACAGCUUGAUGGCAUCAACUGAUGUCUCAGCCUAUAAAGAUACCUACGGUGAGUUGCACCAACCAGCUGUUAUUAUUGGAGGAUGCUUUGCAAUUGUAGCCGUAGUGCUUUCUAUUCUUCUCAUAUUCCAUCAUCUCAGAUUAUACACCAAUCCUGCGGAACAAAAAUGGAUCGUGGCAAUUGUUUUCAUGGUUCCUGUCUAUGCUACCGAGUCAAUUAUUGCAUUGUGGAAUCCUCAACUGUCUCUUGUGUGUGACACAUUAAGAAAUUGCUAUGAAGCAUUUGCCUUGUAUACGUUUGGGAGCUAUUUGGUUGCUUGUCUGGGUGGUGAAAAGUGGGUCAUAGAACUUCUUGAAAAUGAAAAACAAAAAUGGCUCAACCAGCCUUGGCUAGAAGGAUCAGAUGAAAAUCAAGGUCUACGUCAAAGAUCCUUUAUCAACUUUUUCUGCCGGCCAUAUGUUAUUGGAAGGGAUGUCUUUACAAUAGAAAAAUUUGGUCUUGUACAAUAUAUGAUUCUCAAGACUUUCUGUGCAUUCUUGGCAUUCUUGUUGGAGCUUUUCAGUGUUUAUGGAGAUGGGGAAUUCAAGUGGAACUAUGGAUAUCCAUACAUAACAAUAGUACUGAACUUCAGUCAAAUGUGGGCAUUAUAUUGUCUUGUGCAGUUCUAUAGCGUAAUGCAUGAAAGGCUUAAACCGAUAAGGCCACUUGCAAAAUUCAUCAGCUUCAAGGCUAUUGUGUUUGCUACCUGGUGGCAAGGUGUGGGCAUUGCUCUACUAUGUGCUUUUGGAGUUCUGCCUAAUGAGGGAAAAUUUCAGACAGGGUUGCAAGAUUUUUUGAUUUGUAUAAAAAUGGCCAUUGCAGCUGUUGCCCAUGUAUUUGUAUUUUCAGCAGAACCCUAUCAUUUUAUUCCUGCUUCUGAUCAAGGAAGGGUCACCACUAAAACAACCAAAGCAGAAUUGAAUUUAAAGGAAGAUGAUGAGGAUAAUCGAGUCAUGCUUGAAAAGAAAGAAACUUGGGUGUCUUCUGGAACAAGCGUCACUGAGAGCAUUCAGGACAUUGUUCUUAAAGGCGGUCAAAGAAACCUGGAAACAGGUUGUCAAGGAUGUUGUAUUGACAAUAAAUCAAGCAAUAGGACCUGUUGAGAAGGGUGUGACAAAGAUCCAGGAGACCUUCCACCGGAGAUCACGAAGUUUAGAAGAUGAGAAAGAUUCAGAGUUAAAAGCGGAAGAAUGGGUUGAAGAAAAUCUUCCAGGAAAUGAAAGUCAUGUCAAGCUUUGAAGGAAAUGAAAGAAGAGGGAAAAGCAAUAGAAAGAAACAAAACAGAAAGGAAUGGUAACCGUAAAGGCAUCUGGAAAUGCAAUUUGAGACCACAGCUGACCAUAGUUACAGAGGCAUGUGCAAACAAUUGUUUCUCUGAUUGUCUAUGGGUACAUGAUGCUUGGUGACAGGAGAAGGGACUCGCAAAGAAAAUGAGUCGCUGCUUGCAUGAAUCUUUUAACAGGUGGAGCUUUCUUUUCUACUUGUGUAAUUUGCGCAUUGAAUCUCUGAAUGCAUAUGUUUAGGUUAUUUCUGUGAAGACUGAUCAAUCUUUAUUAUAAAACUUUCAUGGUAUGAUUUAUUACUAAAUAA